UAUGUCUCCUGCAGAAUAUUCGGUACAAGUGGAGCAUGUACGGCCUGUGGUCAGCAGAUCCCGGCCAACGAGCUGGUCAUGAGGACCCAGAAUCGUGUCUACCACCUCAAGUGCUUUGCCUGUAGCUCGUGUCACAUACAGCUCGUCCCGGGUGAUCGUUACACGGUAGUCAACGGCAGCAUCGUCUGCGAGAACGACCACAGCAAACUCUACAAGUCGGCGGCGCAUCAUGGCAUGACCCCCGGACACGCCCCGGGCCUGAGACCGGGUAACAGAGUUUGCUAAUUAAGACUUCAUGAACGAGCCUCAUCUCUCUCUCUCUCUAUCUUUGAAGGAUCCUGACGCGAUGACGAUCUUCAGAUUGGCAACGCUGACAGGCAUCAAGCUAUAAAUGGACUGUACAUAUUCACGCCAAAGGACUUAUGUAUUCGAAGAACGGAAUGGAGAUGAAAGUCGUGACUUUAACAUGUGACCUUCGACACGCAUGUCGUUGCUAUGGACGCUAUGAGAUGGCGCACGAAGUAUACCCCACCGACGAAAAUCAGAAUUCGUCCAGGAAC